GACAAAGAACGAUUUAUGCGACUGUGUCAGUUAUUGCUUUUUUUUAGCGUUAAAGUUAGCUGUUGCACAGGCUUAGCAUGCUUAAUAGAAUAAAGAAACAGAGCAAACAUUACGAUGUUUACACGUACUCGAUAGUAGCGUAAUCCGAAUCAUGUGGCGCACAGAUCUUUCGUCUCGUUGCCGCUUUAUCUCAGCACUGAUUGUCGGUAAAUAUACACGUCAAAAAACAGAUACAAGUACCUUGUUGUAAAUUCAUCAUAGAUACCUAUGGUCUAAAAACGAAAGCUGCUUAUAUAAAGAGGAUCAGUCGUUAUGAUAGUUAUUUCCUCAACCAUGUCAAAAUCAGAGCUGGAAGUUCGAAUCGCGCCAGAAUACUCGAUCAGCGAACAUCCAUCUAAUGUGGAUGCUUAUCGAAAUUUAUUCACCCUUCAAGAUAUACAAGCUUUAGUGAAACAUGCAACAGGCAGCGACCUAGUGGUGCACAAAUUCUUCUUGAGAUCAUAUUCUGAUGGGAAGCUCGGAUUUUUGGGAUCACACCAGAAGCUCAGUGUAGAAGUCAAAACCGCAAAUGGGAGAGAUAUCCUGUCCUUCUUCGUUAAAGUCGUGCCAUACGAUGUACCCAGUCAAGCUGAAUACGUGCUUGAUAAAUGUGUCUUUCUAAAGGAGAAAAUCUUCUAUCGUGACAUAUUUCCUCAACUGUAUCAUGAGUAUAAAGAUGAACCAUGGACUGCAACUUGUUUCUUGGUCAAGGAGAAUCUCUUGGUAUUUGAAGAUUUAGGUGUUAAAGGCUAUUCGUUGAGAAAUAUGUUAUUCGACAAAGAGCUCAUUGUAUCCAGUUUAACAUCCAUUGCCAGAAUGCAUGCAUCCUCUCUGUUAGUGGAAGCACGUCUUGGAAAAUCUUUGAAGAAAAUAUAUCCACAUGCUUUCGUUGAGAAUGCUUUCUCUGAAACUGGCAAGACUAGAAUGUGGUUUGAAGUAAGUGUGAAUGCCAUAGUUGCUGUAGCUGAACACCUUGGUCUAGAUGCCAGUUUGGUACCAAAAGCUUGCGAAGAAGUAUACGCAGCCUUAGAAAUGUCAGCUACAAAAAGAAAUGUUAUUAGUCAUGGAGAUUUAUGGGGGAAUAAUAUGAUGUUCAGUAACACAGUACCUCCCAAGUGUUUUUUGGUAGAUUUUCAGCUAAUAAGAUAUUCUCCUCUGGCGCACGACGUGGUACAAUUGUUGUAUCUUUGUGCUGAUCGUGAUUUUAGAGGAAAGUGGGAAGAGGCUAUGCUGAAGCAUUAUUAUAGUGUGUUGUGUGAAAUAUUGACAUCAACAAAAUCAGUUUCUGUGAAAGUUCCAUCUUGGUCAGAAUUAGUCGAAGGGAUGGAAGAGCAGAGACUAUGUGCUCUAAUCACUGCAGCUAUAAGUUUCCAGACUGUGUUAUUGGAUGAAAAAGUAGCUGCAGAAAUUAUGAAUAAUUCUGACAGUUAUCAUGAGUUUGAAUUUGUAAAUAGAAACGAAACAGUGCUGAAAAUAAUGAAAAUUGAUCCGGUAUAUAGAAAACGAUUAUCAGAAAUUGUUACUGAAUUGGUUGAGUUCAGUUUCCGAUUAGAUAAAUUACCAAAACCGACAUAACGGUAUGAAAUUUCUUAUUACAUAAUAACAAGUUUUCUUACUCACACUUUAUGACAAGUUUUUUAUUCUAAGAUUCAAGUCGCAUUGUAUUAAUUAAUUGUUAUACGGUGUUCCACUGUAUGUACAUUAUUUAUAUAUGGACAUUGUUUACAAGAAAGUAAUAUCAUAAAUAGAAUUUAUGAAAUAAAAGUUGUUCUUUCUUA